AUGUGUUCAAUUUCUAAUAGAGAAAGUAGAUUUAUGAAAAAAUUAGUGCAUGGAAGUCGUAAAUCGAAAAAAAAGUGGUAUGAUCCAAGCACAGAAUUACGCAGUGUCACAAACAUCAAUUUAACCAAUACCUCACCUUCUAUGCAUACCAAACGCAGAAUGAUAAUUCGUGAUAAACUUUUCAUGCAACAUAUAACAGACAUGAUGUCGAUGGGACAAGUAUCUGACAUUAUAAAAGAAAGUAUAGAAAUUACUCAUGUCAAAAUAACGCAAGAUUUUAAAUGUGUCAAUGUGUUUUAUAUAUCUAGUAGUGAUACCCCAAUUGAUCAUGAAUCAUUGCAGAAGUGUGCCGGAAUUAUUCGGCACGAGCUAUCACAGCUCCGUGUCAUAGGUAUGGUGCCGCCUAUCUAUUUUGUUGAAAAUAAGCUCUAUUUUAGAGAGAAGGAGGUCGAAAAGAGAUUGGCGAUGAUAACUUUCGAGGAAGAUAGUGAAACGUCCGAUGUUAGUAGUGUUGAUCAGAUUUUGCACAAAAAACCAAUUGUAAAUGAUAAUUCCAAGAUGGAUGAAUUUUAUAUCCAAUUGCCAAUAAUGAGACACGAUGUAUUAGGAUUAGAUCAUCACAAAAUCAUGUCUCAGAUUACUAGUGUAGUGUCCAAGGCGAAGAAAGCUGCGCAAAUACGAAUGUUGGAUAUGGAUACCAGUACAGAGAAAAGUGAUCCAGUUUCAAAAGAAGUCAAGUUCCUAACCCGGGAAGAGCAACGAAAGGUCUUCUCUGAUUUUCUAAUUAAAAGAAAAAGGGAAGCACGACGCAUGAAACAGUCGGAUGGCCGGAAACUGUUAAAUAAUUUAGAAGAAGAGAUGAAUAAUGAAGAAUCUGAUUACGAGAAUGAUGUUGAUGCCGACGAGUACAUUGAUUACGUCGACGACGAAUACAUCAACGAGUACAACGAUAAUUUCCAGGAUGAUACGCGAAAAUGA